AUGCGAGCGGUUGUCAUGACUCCCAGUGAAGCGAAAGCUCUCUACGAGUUGUCGCAAACACACGAAGAGUCGCACGAAAACCAGCGGUCGGACGAAGAGCUCGACUUCGAGGAAGAGAUCAAAGAUCACAACGAAGACCACAAACAGACGAAUGAGUUGUCGGACAGAGACGAGGGAGAGCUCGACGACGACGACGACCUCGAAGAGGGAGAAGUGAAGGAAGAGGACGACGAAGACGACGACCAG